UAUAGCGUCCUUAAUAUCACUAUUUGAAGAAUGAAGUUAGUCACUCAAGUUUAACAGCAGUAGCGUAGACAAAAAGGGUGAGUAGAGAAAAUGGGAGAAGUACAAUACCUUAUUAAUUUUGAAAGAAGUGAUCUUCUUUCACAUACUUUGGGGGUCCUCGCCACGAAUUCUUUAUAUUCAAUAUUUAAGGAUAAGUCUCAAAAUCAAACCUGUAUAGAAUGCCGUCAUAAAACGUUUUAUCCUACGAUUUACUUCCUACGCCAGUGGUUAAUGUUAUUCAAAGAUAAUUCUGUUAUUUCCAAAGACCUGUUUUUUUAGUUUUUUAUUGGAAUAACUCAUCAUUGAUUCAAAAAAGGUUAUAUAUGUAUCAUCACAAAGUGGAUGUCGUGGAUAUUUAUAUUUCAUGAGUGUCCUUAUCUUUAUCCUGAGAAUUACAUUCAUGUACAUAUGAAAAUCUCUAAUUUUUUAAACUGAUACAGUUUGAUUAGGAAAAUCCUGUUUUGGAAUGAGUCAAUAUCCUCUAUUAUCAAGGUCACAGGUGAACAUCUACUUCUAGAAAAUUGUAUCUCAGUCAGUUGAAGGUCCUUCAAUAUAUCUCAUAAUAAUCUCAUAACUGAAACAAAACAACUGAAAACACCUAGAUUAAUGGAUUGUUCAAUGAUGAAAUUCAAAUUGCAAUCUGGCAAAUUUAUGCCACUUAUUGGAUUUGGUACUUAUUUGAUUACUGGGAAUCAGUUAAUUUAUCAAGUUCUUGAUGAAGCUUUAGCAGCUGGAUACAGACAUAUAGAUACAGCUACUGUGUACCAUAAUGAAACUUCUAUUGGACAAGCCUUGAAAGUACUUCUACCAAAAUAUAAUUUGAAGAGAGAGGAUAUUUUCAUUACCUCGAAAUUAGGUAAGGUAUUUUCAGCUUUUUACAAAUUUUUUUUUCAAAUUCAUAGGCUAAAUUUUUUACCAGCUCCCAUAGAUCAAGGUGAAGGAGCUUUCUCAGCUGUACAAGAAUCUCUUAAGAAACUAGAUUGUGGAUAUUUAGACUUGUACCUGAUUCAUUGGCCAGGGGCUGGAAGAUUGCCUGUUAAUAGUCAAGAAAAUAACAAGCUUCGUUCAAAGAGUUGGGAAUCUCUGGCAAAAGCAGUUAAAGCAGGGUUGGUUAAAGAUAUUGGAGUAUCCAAUUACACUGUUAAACAUUUGAAUGAGUUGUUGAUGAAUGAUUAUGGUGUAAAACCAUCAGUGAAUCAGGUUGAAUGGCAUCCGAAAUUUCAUCAACCAGAAUUACUCAACUUGUGUAGACAGGAGGGAAUACUACUUCAAGCCUAUUCAUCUCUUGGGGGUACAGGAAAUUCAAAUCUUAUCAGAGAUCCUACUGUUGUUCAAAUUGCAGCUCAACUUCAGAAGACUCCUGCUCAGGUUCUCUUACGCUGGGCUGUUCAACAAAACAUUGGAAUCAUUCCAAAAGCCCGUACAGAGGAACACAUCAAGAGUAAUAUCGACCUAAAUUUUGAGAUUCCAGUUGAAAUGAUGACUAGGCUUAGUAACCUGAAUUCCAAUGAGAAGUUUGCUUGGAACCCAGAAGUUGUUGCAUAAUUAAUUUUUUGUUUUUUCUUAAAUAAUAAAGAUUUUAUUGAGUUAAAAUGGA